AUGUCCGUUACAAAGAACCCCCUUUUCAUCACUAAAACCCUAUUUCUCCUCAUUUCAAUAGCAGCCAGCUUCACAUUUGCCCAGAACACUAUCAGUCCCAAUUCGUCCUCCUGCCCUUCACAAUCCUGCGGCGGCGUCAGGGAGAUCAGAUUCCCCUUCCGAUUGAACGGCGUCUCAAGAUCCUGCGGCUACAGCGACUCCAUCUUCCAGCUGGACUGCCUCCACAAUCAGGCAUUCCUCAACGUCCGAUCCAAAAGGUACCUCGUCCGGGAUAUCAAUUACGACGAGUUCUCCAUCAGGUUGGUUGAUCCCGGCGUGGUCGGCUCUAAUUUGUCGGCCUGCCCGCUCUACGACACCGAUUACGAUGACUGGCCCGGGAGCAUGAACGACAAUUUCUUCGAUUGGAAUGUGCCCGUCGUGUUUAUUUACUGUUUAGCCCCCGUGAACGGCUCAAAUUACUUGGAGGCCUCAUUCUGCGGCAAUAGGAGCAGUAUAUUCUCGAAUUCCUCGGGACUUUACAGUUACGUUGUGGCAGGGGAAAGGAUUUUGGUUUCGGAUUUGGAGGAUUCCUGCAGUGUGGCCCGGGUGGCUCAGGCGUCGUCCCGUGGACCUGCGGUGGAUUACGGGUCAUUGGGUGGUAUUUACGGCGGGCUCGGCUAUGGGUUUGAGCUGUCGUGGUUCCGAGUGCUGUGUGGGGAGUGUGAGAGGACAUUGGGGUCCUGCAGUUUGGAGGGGAACAGGAUUAGAUGCAGGCAUUAUUGCAGGGAGGAUACGCCAAUUGGGGACCUCCGUUUUGGAUGUCAACUUGAAUAUUACGGAAUGUUUGUUGGAUUCUAUAGCGCGUUUGCAAUUGCUGGUGUGGUAGCUCUGAGGCUCCUCAUUGGACUCCCUAUCUUGAUCGCGAUUGUUGUGUAUAAAUGGCGAAGGCGGCAUCUAGCCAUGGACGAAACAAUCGAGGAGUUCUUGCAGGGCCAAAACGGUCUCACACCCAUAAGGUAUUCUUAUUCGGAGAUAAAGAAAAUGACAAACAACUUUGGGCAGAGGCUCGGAGAGGGUGCGUUUGGCACUGUGUACAAGGGCAAGCUCCGGAGUGGGCCCUUUGUGGCCGUUAAGAUGAUGGCCCAAUCGACAGCCAGCGAGCAAGACUUCAUAAACGAGGUGGGCACCAUAGGGCGCAUCCACCAUGUCAAUGUGGUCCAACUCAUCGGGUUCUGCGUGGAGGGAUCGAGAUGUGCGUUGGUGUACGAGUACCUGCCAAACGGGUCCUUGGACCGGUACAUUUUUAACCAGCAAGGACUUGAGGCGUUUGCAUUGAGGUACUCGAAGAUGCACGAGAUUGCCCUUGGGGUGGCCCGUGGGAUCGACUAUCUCCACGGGGGGUGCGACAUGCAGAUCCUCCACUUUGACAUAAAGCCCCACAACAUUCUUCUGGACGAGAAAUUCAACCCGAAGAUAUCUGACUUUGGGCUGGCGAAGCUCUACCCGACUAACGGGUCGGGUGUGAACCUGACGGGCGCCCGGGGCACAGUGGGUUACAUGGCCCCUGAGAUGUUCUACAAGAACGUGGGGGCCGUCUCAUACAAGGCGGAUGUGUACAGCUUUGGGAUGCUCCUGCUUGAGCUGGCGGGACGCCGGAAGAACAUGAACCCGGUUGUGGAUGAUCUCUCACAGAUGUACUUCCCGUCAUGGGUGUAUGAACAGAUUCACGCGGGGAAGGAGAUUGAGAUAAGGGACGCGACCGACGAGGAGAAGAAGUUGGUGAGGAGGAUCAUUGUGGUGGCUCUAUGGUGCAUACAGAUGAAGCCUUCUGACCGACCGCCGAUGAAUAAGGUGGUCGAGAUGCUGGAGGGAGAUCGACAAGUGGGCAUGCCGCCAAAGCCUUUCGUGGCCCCGAGGGAGAUUACGGAGGAGGAUAGAUAA